GUCUGAUGUCAAGCUCAAAGAUCCUAGUCAUUUGCACUCAGCCUCCCUUGUCUGUACAUCAGUUUCUGCAUCCUUGUGCACCUCUUCCAUUUUUCACUCUCAACCUGCUGAAGAGGAAGACUUUAAGAAUGGAAGAACCAAUCGACCUCAUUCCCUAUGACGCUGACGCACUGAGGGAGAGUGAAUACCCAAUGCUCCGAGACGAGACAUACUUGGAUCAUACCGGCACCACUCUCUAUGCGCAGUCUGCUUUGACGAGCUUCAUGAACGAGAUGUCGAGCAAUCUGUUCGGGAACCCACACUCAGACUCACGAUCCUCCCGGCUGUCAACCGAAAGGGUCGAUGAGAUCAGGAAGCAAACACUGGCAUUCUUUCGCGCCGACCCGGAGCAUUUCGAUCUGGUCUUUGUCAUGAACGCCACCGCGGCUAUCAAAUUGGUUCUCGAGGGUCUCACCCAUCCGCCUGUCUCCGAUAGCCCUGGGAAGACGUUCAAGGGGCCCGGACUCUGGGUGGGGUAUCAUCUCGAAUCUCACACGAGCGUUGUGGGACUACGUGAACUGGCUGAUGCCGGGCAACAUUGCUUCAUGUCGGAUAGCGAAGUCGAGGCCUGGAUCCGGCCCAAUCCCGCCAGGGACAAGACCGAUCGAUGUCCAGGACAAACCUCCAACACGUUUCAGGUCGGUUUGUUUGCAUAUCCAGGACAGUCGAACAUGACCGGACGACGGCUCCCUCUUCAUUGGCCGGGCCGUCUCCGACAAUCACAAUACGCCUCUCACCAGAGAGUCUUCACCCUGCUGGAUGCUGCUGCACUGGCUCCCACUGCGUCGCUGGACUACUUCCGGGACCCCGAUGGAGCCCCCGACUUUACAGCCGUCAGCUUUUAUAAGAUCUUCGGAUUCCCUGACCUGGGAGGACUGAUUGUGCGUAAGGGAUCCGCCCAGGCUCUCGUGCAGCGACCCUACUUUGGCGGAGGCACGGUUGAAAUGGUCACUUGCUCCGACCAUCCCUGGCAUUCCAGGAACCCAUCCCGCAUCCACGAGAUACUUGAGGAUGGAACAGUCCCUUUUCAUAGCAUCCUGGCUCUGGGGUGUGCUCUGACAACCCACAAGCAGCUGUACACAUCUCAGGAGCACGUGUCUCACCACACCACACGGCUUACAGCACACCUCUACCAGUCGCUUUCCUCGCUUCGCCACCAUAACGGCGUCAAGAUGUGUGAGAUCUGCCAAGAUCCAUCGGCGGAGUACGGCGACAGUACGACCCAGGGGUCCAUAGUCGCCUUCAACAUCCGCUCCGAUGAGGGUCGAUGGCUCCGGCUCUCGCACGUCGAAGAGGCGGCCAACGAGCACCGCAUCCAUCUUCGCACAGGCUCAGUCUGCAACCCUGGCGGACUCGCAAAGCUCCUCCAGCUGGAGGAAUGGGAGCUGUUCCAGAACUACACGGCGGGAGUACGUUGUGGCUGUCGCAGCGUGCUUGUGGGGCAUAAGCCUUCAGGCAUCAUCCGCGUGAGCCUUGGGGCGAUGAGCACCCUAAGCGACGUCGAGCAUUUUGUAGGAUUUGUGCACCAUCUGUUCGGUGCAGGCGCCUUUCCUCCCCUGGCGCCUCCGUCCAAUUCUCCGGCACCCCAGCACCUUCACGUACACACGCUGAUGAUCUAUCCAAUCCACGGCGCCGCCGCCUACACGAUCCCCGUGCAACAGUCGUGGCAUCUCACCUCAACGGGCCUGCAAUGGGACCGACAAUGGUGCCUGCUCAACCUGCAGACAGGAUCGAUCCUCGACCGGGACUACGCACCGCGACUCCUACUCCUCCAACCGAUGGUCGAUGCCGUGCACGGCAUCCUGCGCAUUAGCGUGCACCACUCCCUGCGCCGGCGCAACCCCAAACUCCGGCAAUCGAUGGCUGUGCCUUUACAUGACCCCGGUCGAGAUGUCCAGACACCCAAAGGAAAUCUCUAUCAGUGCCAGGCAACGAGCCUCGGUAAGCUCGAUGGGCUCGAGGGCGGAACCGGCCUGCUCCGGCUGUUCCACUCGCCAGACCUGGUCGCUUACUUCACUGCGGCGCUCGGUGUUCCGUGCACGCUGGCCCGAUUC